AGUUGCCGGCCGCCACCCGUGCGCGGGCCGUCCCAGCGCCAUGUCCGGGGGCGCGGGGUCGGCCGGGCCGGACGGGGCCCCGCGCGCGGCCGCCACGCUCUGCGGCCUGUACCACGAGGCCGGCGAGCGGCUGCGGCGGCUGCAGGACCAGCUGGCCGCCCGCGACGCCCUCAUCGCUCGCCUGCGCGCCCAACUGGCGGCGCUGGGGGGAGACGCGGCGCCGUCGCUCGUGGAGGCGCUGCUGGAGCAGGUGGCGCGCGGCCGGGAGCAGCUGCGGCGGCGGGAGGGCGGGGCCGGCGAGGCCGGGCUGCGGCAGGAGAUCCGGGGGCUGCGUGAGCGCCUGGAGGCCAGGGAGCGGGAGCUGCGGGAGCUGCGGGAGCUGCUGAGCCAGCCUCAGCACGCGCGGGAGAAGGAGCUGGUCCUGCUGCGGAGGCGCCUGGAGGAGGCGGCGCGGGCGCAGGCCACCAGCCGCGUCCUGUGCCGCUCCCUGGCUGCCGAGACCCACCGGCUGCGCAGGGCGCUGGCCGCCACCACCCACGUGUGCCAGCGUCUGGCCGCGCCGCAGCGGGCUCCGGGGCAGGCGGAGAGGAAGAGCCCCGAGCCAGAGCCUGCAGGUGGGGGCGCCUCCAGCCCUUCGGCCAUUGAAGAGUUACAGGAGGAAAACCGGCUGCUGAGGUGGAAGGUGAUUCAGGCGGAAGAUCUCAAUGCCAAGUGGCAGCGCUACGACGCGGGCCGGGACGCGCACGUGAGAGAGCUGCACGAGCGGCUGGGGGGGCUGCGGGCGCCCCCCGCGCCCGAGCUGAUGCGGAAGGAGAUCUGCCGCCUCCACCGGCAGCUGGAGGAGGAGAUGAAGGCCUGCGGCGAGGCGCGGCGGGAGCGGGCCGCGGCCCUGGAGCGCGCGCAGAGGCUGGAGCGGCAGAUCCUGGCUUACAAGGAGGACUUGGAGUGGGAGAGGGCGGAUCGCGAGCGGGCUCAGGGUCGGAUUCGAGAGCUGGAGGAGGAGGCGGCCUCCUGGCUGUGCCCGGCGUCCCCGCGAGAGGACUCCGGCGAGCCAGGCCCCCGCAGGACCCGUCCUCAGAGCGGCGCUGCCCGGUCCCCGGGGGCCGAUGCACCGGAGCCGGCGGCGGGCAGGGGCCCCAGCCCCGCCCCGGGCGGCCAGGGCGAGCUGCAGUGCCCGCGCUGCCUGCGCCGCUUCGGCGACGAGCGGGGCGAGGAGCUCCUCAGGCACGCGGCCGAGUGCUGCCAGUGAGCCCGCGGGGCGGAGGGUCCCCGGAGGCCGGGCGAGGGAAGGGGGCGCCCACCCGCCCCGCGCCGGGCCACACGCCUGCCCUGGGCCCUGUUGCCGAGCCUUGUCACCCCGGAGUUAAACUACACCUGCUCUCUGAUUUUGAGAAUAAACG